UUAUUAUUUUCCACUCACUUUCUCACACUUCAAAAUGGCGGCGUUGAGCAGCGCCGAGUCCCCACCGCCCGUCUUUAACGGAGACACCUCCGAGCGGCAGCCGGGCAUGGAGCCGGCCCUGGGGGAGCUGGGCACUGCGCUGGACUCCUCUUGUCCGGUGGAGAUCCCUGGAGGUCCGCAGGAUGAGGAGAUCUGGAAUAUCAAACAGAUGAUAAAGUUGACCCAAGAACACUUGGAGGCUCUUCUAAACAAGUUUGGAGGCGAGCACAAUCCUCCCUCUAUAUAUUUAGAGGCCUAUGAAGAAUACACUAGUAAGCUGGACGCCCUGCAGCAGAGGGAGCAGCAGCUGCUAGAAGCCAUGGGCAAUGGCACAGACCUCUCCUGCUCUCCAACACCUGUGCCGCCGCUCCUGGAAGUCAAAAUGGGAGGGUAUAUGGUGGCGGAGGGUGCUCAGGCGUUUCCCACGGCGCCGAACACGUUGGCAGUACUGCAAACCCCCACAGAUGCCAGUCGGGCCAACCCUCGAUCGCCACAGAAGCCCAUCGUUCGGGUCUUCCUGCCUAAUAAACAAAGAACAGUGGUACCGGCCCGGUGUGGGAUGACCGUGCGAGACUCGCUAAAGAAAGCUCUAAUGAUGCGAGGACUCAUCCCAGAAUGCUGUGGGGUCUACAGGAUACAGGACGGGGAGAAGAAACCUAUUGGUUGGGAUACAGACAUCUCCUGGCUGACAGGGGAGGAGUUGCAUGUUGAAGUGUUGGAGAAUGUGCCUCUCACCACGCACAACUUUGUGAGGAAGACCUUCUUCACCCUGGCCUUCUGUGACUUCUGCAGAAAGCUGCUUUUCCAGGGGUUCCGCUGUCAGACGUGUGGCUACAAGUUCCACCAACGCUGCAGUACUGAGGUUCCCCUCAUGUGUGUUAACUACGACCAGCUAGACUUGCUGUUAGUAUCGAAGUUCUUCGAGCAUCAUCCUUUCACCCAGGAGGAUGUCUCUUCAGAGGGAACCACCCCCGUGUCCGAAGUGUAUCCAUCACUCCCCCCAUCCGAUUCCACUGGGUCUAUGUGCCAUACCACUCUGUCUCCGUCCAAGUCCAUACCUAUCCCGCCUAACUUCCGGGCCAGCGAGGAGGAUCACCGCAACCAGUUUGGUCAGCGGGACCGCUCAUCGUCGGCCCCCAACGUCCAUAUCAACACCAUUGAGCCUGUCAACAUUGACGACCUGAUUCGAGAUCAGGGCUUGGCAAGGUCUGAUGGAGCCCCCCCGACCCACCCUGCCCGCUGCUUGAGGAAGCAUCGAACACGGACCUCAAGCCCCCUUCUAUACUCCUAUCCCAAUGACAUAGUGUUUGAUUUUGAGCCUGAGCCUGUGUUCCGAGGGUCCACCACCGGACUGUCAGCCACUCCCCCUGCUUCAUUACCUGGCUCUCUGACCAGCGUGAAGAUUCCCCAGAAGUCGCCGUGCCCACAGAGAGAGCGUAAAUCGUCCUCGUCAUCUGAGGACCGCAAUAAGAUGAAAACACUGGGGAGGAGGGACUCUAGUGAUGACUGGGAAAUCCCAGAGGGUCAGAUCACUCUGGGUCAGAGGAUAGGCUCAGGCUCCUUUGGGACGGUCUUCAAGGGAAAGUGGCAUGGUGAUGUGGCGGUGAAAAUGUUGAAUGUCACCGCUCCUACACCUCAGCAGCUACAGGCCUUCAAGAAUGAAGUGGGAGUCCUCAGGAAAACGCGUCAUGUAAACAUUCUGCUGUUCAUGGGCUACACCACUAAGCCUCAGCUGGCCAUCGUCACCCAGUGGUGUGAAGGCUCCAGCCUGUACCACCACCUGCACAUCAUCGAGACCAAGUUUGAAAUGAUCAAGCUCAUCGACAUCGCCAGGCAGACCGCUCAGGGCAUGGAUUACCUGCACGCUAAGUCCAUCAUCCACCGCGAUCUGAAGAGCAACAAUAUUUUCCUCCAUGAGGAUCUGACAGUGAAGAUUGGUGACUUUGGCCUGGCCACAGUCAAGUCCCGAUGGAGUGGCUCCCACCAAUUUGAACAGCUGUCUGGCUCCAUACUGUGGAUGGCUCCAGAGGUCAUCCGGCUGCAGGACAAAAACCCCUACAGCUUCCAGUCUGACGUUUACGCUUUUGGCAUUGUGCUGUACGAGCUCAUGUCAGGAGCGCUGCCCUACUCCAAUAUCAACAACAGAGACCAGAUCAUAUUUAUGGUGGGCCGAUGUUAUCUGUCCCCUGACCUCAGCAAAGUGCGUAGCAACUGCCCAAAGGCAAUGAAGAGACUAAUGGCUGACUGCUUGAAGAAGAAGAGGGAGGAACGACCACUCUUUCCUCAGAUCCUUGCGUCCAUUGAGCUGCUGGCUCGCUCGUUACCCAAAAUCCACCGCAGCGCCUCAGAGCCUUCGCUAAACCGAGCAGGCUUUCAGACGGAGGACUUCAGUUUAUAUGCCUGCGCCUCGCCCAAAACCCCCAUCCAGGCAGGAGGCUACGGAGAGUUUUCAGCAUUUAAGUAAGUGCUGUGCGCCACCACUCCAUCCGCCGUCACUGCUCUUCGCGGUGGAUUUAAUUCAUCACUGGAAAAAAACUAUAUAGUCUUAAAAGAAUGUGCCGUUUUCUUCCUCUAUCGACCUAAUGACGGGAUUCCUUACACCUCAACGCUGUCUAGUCGGCAAAUUAGCCAAAGUGACAGGCAACCAGAAUUAGGAAAAAAACACGUAGAAACACACACAAAAAGAUACUUGAAGACGAAGCACGAAGAUAUCCAUCCCGUUUGGAGAAAAAGGCGGGGCAUACUUCCCCUGGUCGACCAGCCUGCCCAAGGAGACGGAUGUGAUGCGGUGAGGAGCUUUGGAAGGUAGAGGCUCCGCCCUUCAUUUCCUGUGCGGGCGAGGAAGAGAAGGCACGCCAUCCUUCGGGCCGUGGGACGUAAGGAGGCCUGUAGAGGGAGCCCUCUGUCAGGCCUGGCUCGACGUCGUUCCUGCGUCGAGUCAAGAAGUGGGAUUACCUCCCAGCCUUGACUUGAAAGAUAGAUUUUUUUAUAAAUAUAUAUAUAUAUGGAUACAAAUUUGUCAUGCUUCAACAUAAAUUAGGAAUUUCAGGUUUUUGUUUUCCAUCAGCAGCUGUUUUUUUGCCACCAUUUUUUAUGCUGAUGCCUUUUUGAAGGGCAAUCAUUAGUGAGCUGAUUUGCCAACAAAAGCUGCUUUUUUUCCUGCGAUGGAAGCUACACAAAUGAUCCACAUUCCAUUUUAAACUGGAAGCAGUUAUUGAGCAUGAGAGGUGUGGAAAAAUCUUGUCCCUUUGAUUUUUUAUUUAUUUAUUUUUUUUUUGCCUCUGGAUUUUUUUAAAGACUUGAGGAGCAAGCAGGCAUUGUUCUUGUGGAGAAGAGCAACCCGUGUGAGUUUUUCUCCCCUCGGCCUGUGUACACUACACUUACGCAGCAUCAUUGCAACAAAUCCGUAGCCUAACCUGCACAGUAGCGAUACUGCCAACUGUGGUAUCGAUCCAAUACUAAGUAAAUACACGGCCAGAAUUGCAGUUACUGAUUCUUUUUUAUUUGACAUUUCCUCAAAAAAUGAACUAUCAACAAUAGGUCAACAACGAGACACUAUCGUGAAAAUAAACAUAGAGAGAACUGGAAAAUAUUAUCACCGUGGUAUGGAUCAGACACUGAUCUUUUUGGAUCGGUCAGCCCACACCUAGUGCAUGUGUCACCUAUGAUGACUUAUACAUGUCACUAUGUUGGAUACCCGUGGUGAACAAUGGUAAGGUGUCAAAUCAUACGGUUCACGCAUUUUGGCGAGGGCUAGCACGCAGUUUCGAAUGCUUCUUUUCUCUGGCUGCCUCGUGACGUCCCAGCGAGUGGGAAACACUUAUUUAGAUAUUAAGUAAAGCGCUACUCGCCCUUUUUCGUGUAGUUUGAAUUCCGUCGGCAAGUGUGCAGGUUUACCUCAUGUUGUGACCGGGUGAAUCGACGUAAUGCUUAUGAAGAUUAUUUUCGACCGUGUCAGGAAAAAAAAUAUCGAUGACGACUCUAAGAGAUGUAUUUAAACAAAGUAUGUUUUGGGGGUGGGGGGCAUGGAUUUAUUUGCAAUCGGAAAAUGGAACGCCGCUACAAACAAACCGCUUGCAGACAGAUUAAAAAAAGGGGUUAUAAAGUGAGCGUGGCGCAAAAUGUCCAACAAAGCAUAUCCAACACAUUAUUUGGGCCACAAGGAAAUAGAUUAGAAUCAUCAUUGGUUCUCUUUGAGUCAAGGCGUUGACAUUGCUGGGCCUUGUCCCUUGUCCAGCUCCAAGAUGCGGUGUUACUCCCUUUUGUUGUCUUUUUUUUUGCCUUUUUCUGUACAGACCUGUGAUACUUAGGUUUUCUUUUUUUUUUUUUACAUUCAGACAUCUUUUACUUUACCAUGAAGCUUUCUUGCUAAAUCUCGAGGACACACGCUCUUGUAGAACAAUUUAGACAAUACAGUGGAUUUCACUGAAUUAGUUGUGUUGUUGAAAAGCGUUCAUGAAGGCUCCUUUUACAUUAUGUUGCUGAUUCAUAGUCCAAAAAAAUUAGCAUAGCGUUGUUGUCCCCAAAAUCUGGACCUACUGUACAUGUUUUAAAUUAGAUGCAGUGACGUUGCUUAACUACAUCAUUCUAUUGUGCUACUUUGGGGACAUUUCAUUAUGCUGGUUGAACAUAACCUUUUAAAACCGCACACUGUGGUUUGGCUGCUGGGUUCUGUCUGUGUUGCUAUGGUAAUUGGUCGGGAUCAACAAACGCAUGUCUACGUAGCUGAAAGCUGAACGUACCGAUUCCAACUACACUCCCUGAAAUGGAGCCCAAAAACAGCAUAUGGCAUUGAUCAUUUCAUAAACAAUACUCUAAUGCGACAAAUUCUCUCCCGCUAAACUCACUGAACAAGCAGCUUUAUAUUUUCGCUGUCUCAGUAACCCAUACAGUACAUGUACAUGUUCAUGUUUGCACAUAGCAUCAAAGUGUCUCAUUGACGCUGACACCAUGAUCAUUAGGGAUGGGAGUCUUGCAACAACUCCUGAUUUGAUUUGAUUCCGAUUUUUGGGGUGACGAUUCGUUUCAGAAUAGAUUGAAAAUAAUGAAUCAAUUUAGAAUCGUAAUAAAUAAGAAUCCUGAUUAGGGUUAGAAUCAAUUACGGGGUGUAAGAGAUGGCCUAAAAACAUUUUACAAAAAUGUAUUUUUAUUUAAAAGAAAAAAAGUUUUUUUUUCCCACAAUCAAUUUUUGAAAGUUAUGAAACAGCAAAUUUAAAAUCAGAAUAAUAACAAUCGUGAUUCGGAUGUGAUGGAUUUUUUUGGAGCAUCCCUAAUGAUCCUCUAUGUAGUCAGAACAUUUAGGCUUUCCAGCAAAAUGGUUGAAGAAGCUAAAUAGACGUGCGGGAGACUUUUUAAAUCGCUUACAAACACUUUGAGAUGUUCAGGUUGCACUACUUGAUAUAUACUGUACAUCUCUACAUUAUCUUUAUGUUGUCUAAAUAUGAUCCAGUCACUGAACAUCUGGACAAUAUUCAUUUAUGAAGGACAGGUGGAGUUACUUGACAUGGUCCUGACAUUUCAGAGCCGAUGAAGAUAUUUGUUUUUUUUUACUAUAAGCCGGUUAAACCUUCAAAUGAAUUUUAGGCUAUUUUCAGAAGGACUUUAUUGUAUACAUAAACUCACACUGAACUGUGUAAUUUUAUGAAAAGACUUGACUAAAAACAGGCUUCAUUGUCAUAUAUAUAUAUAUAUAUAUAUAUAUAUAUAUAUAUAUAUAUAUAUAUAUAUAUAUUUAUAUAUAUAUAUAUAUAUAUAUAGUGCAGAGAGAAUUUUAUUGAAUAGAUUGUUCGGAGCUGCUAAUUAGAAGGCUGAGUUUGUAUCAUUUUCAACUUUUUACACAAAGUAAUAUUUAGCUUUGCUAGUAACACCGUUUUUUUGCUACCUCUGCUGACCAUCACGUUGAUCUUGGAAUUUGUGACUUGUACUGAGAUUUGAAACAUUUCAUUUUUAAUUCAAUUGAAGCAAAUAUUUAGUUAUUUGUAUGUGUGCAAUCACUCCAUUAUGUGUAUGUCCAAUAUUUCUUUUUUGUUUGUUUUUUAUAAUAAAAAAGGGUGUUCUAAGUACUACCAGUGGGACUCCUACCACACUUUAAAAAAUCAGGGGUGUGUCUCAAGUCAAAUACUUCCUAAUGUACAUUUCAGUAAGUAUUCUGGUUCCUCGAUGUGCGGAUUUUAGCUACCAGAUGGCGACUAUUGAGGGUGAUGAGUUUACAGCACUGAUUUUGAUUCAACAUUGUUUUUUAAGCAUUAGCAGUUUAAAAAAAGUCCCACUGAAAUUUGUUAAAGUGUUAAAAAUAAAUCAUUAGUUAUUCUUUAUUUUAUUUAUUCUAAAUCAACUUCAGAUCUAUCCGUCGAUUAUUAGGUUUUUGUUUUGUUUUAAAUUUGUUUUUUAUGGAUCUUUUGUUAGUUUUGUCAUAGAAUGUUUUUUUUUUAUUAUGCCGAACAUAAAAUUACACAUUUUCCCCAAAAAAUAUUUCAAAGUGGAAUAUUUGAGGUGAAGUAAUUAGAGGCAGGUCAAUAGGUUAAUAAUGCAUUCCAACACUGAUUUUGAUGUAUUAUUAUUUUUUCAGCAACGCCUUUUUUUUACAGAAAAUAAUAUCCUGCUUUGCAACUUUGUGUUAUUAGUGUCAACAUUCAACUGUGUCUCGAUACAUUUCACUUGCAUGCUUCUUAUUCCACUUUUUAAUGUUUUUUUUUGUUUUUGUCUUUCGAAUCGUAUGUUUAGAAUGUACCGCGGGCCACUUAAAAAUUAGCUGAGGUCCACAAUUGGCUCCCGGCCGCACUUUGGACACCCCUGCUCUAAUGGUAAAUAAGUACACAAAGUGCAGGAGUAAUUAUGGAAUGCUUUGUUUCUGUGCUUACUCAGCAUUUUGAGUGCCCUCAAUAGUCGCCAUUUUAAAAAUGUACAAAGCAGAAGGUGAAGAAGCGAUACAUAUUGUGACGGAUUUGAAAUGUAUGUAUGAACUAAGUACUAUAUGUAGCGUACAUAUUGAAGUACAAGACACACUCUUGGUCAUGAAGGAUUUGUUUUCCUAUUUCAACUGCUUAUAAAUUGCUUAAAAAGUGACCUCCAAUGCUCUCCGCUUGCCACAGUUAUGUUUAUUAUAAUUAUUAUUAUUGUUCUGGAUUUGUGUUUUUUUCUACGCAUGCACCUUAACAAAUGAAGUACAUUUCAUAUAACAGAAAACUUUCAUGUCCAACUUCCUUCCUUUUUGUUGCUUGUUUACGUCAUUCCUCUCACUUGUAAAUAGUGUACAUACUAAAGAAAAAAUAUUGUCAGUUUGCUAGGAAGGCAUGGAGACUUACAUGUAAACACAAAUGUCCGAAUGAAAGUUUUUUUUUUGUUUUUUUUGUUUUUUUGAAAGGCACACUUGAAGGACAAAAAAAAUAAAACCCUGGAAUAUUCAAGGCUGUAUUAUAAGGAGAAAGAGCUUAAUGUAUUUGUUGUGAAUAUGAAAAACUGAUAUAUUAAAGAAGUGCAUGAAAAGCUG